AUUCAUUAUUCCAUUUCGAAUGGAGACUUUUGUAUCCCAUCCUCUUGUAGGAAAUAAACCCAAACGAAAAGCUUUUUCACCCAAAAAGUGUUCAUGGCGUAACCAUAAAGUAUGCAAAAAGUGUUUGCAAAUAGAUAUGUUGCCCUAUGGAAGAACUAUUCUUGAAAGGAUGGUACCCUUUUCCCAGUUGGUUGCAAAGCAAAACUCAACAAAGGACGAUUUGACUAGUCAAACAGAGGAAAAAACUCGGAAAGAAAUUCCAAAAACUAGGAUUAUAAGAAGAAAUCUUCCACUAGUUGCUAUUGUGGGUCGACCUAAUGUGGGAAAAAGUACACUACUGAAUCGCUUAACUCGAGACUUUCGUUUUGGCGCCAUUGCUGUGGAUGUUCCCGGUAUUACGAGAGAUAGAACAUAUCAUCGUGCAUUUUGGAACGGAAUAGACUUUGAAUUGGUAGAUACUGGAGGUUUGGUAUUUGACGAAGGUAGAGAACAAGUACCAUUUCUGAAGGAAAUCAGAGAACAAGCCUUGAUUGCCUUGAAUGAAGCUACAGCAGCUAUUUUUGUAGUAGAUAGUACUGUGGGAGUUGCUGACUUGGAUAGACAAAUUGCAAAGAUGAUACGAAGACUUGGUCUCCCCGUAUUGCUUGCUGUAAACAAAUGUGAUGACGAACAGCGCUAUUUAGAUGCAAACGAAUUUUGGAAACUUGGUCUAGGUGAACCUUUUCCAGUUAGUGGAAUACAUGGUAUUGGAACAGGAGACCUACUUGACAAGUUAGUAGAGUAUAUAUGUGAACGAGGAAAUGUUUUUCACGAGCCAUAUUUAGUGGAUGAAAGGAAUGUCAGAAGAAUAGCUAUCGUAGGACGACCCAAUGCUGGAAAGUCUUCUAUUUUGAAUAGACUGGUGGGUGAGACUCGAGCGAUUGUCAGUGAUAUUCCUGGAACUACCAGAGAUACUAUUGAUACCACAAUUCAAAGAGAUGAGAAAAUAUAUUGCUUAAUGGAUACUGCUGGGAUUAGAAGGAAGAAGAUGGUCGAAUAUGGUACAGAAUUUUUCAUGAUCAAUAGAGCAUUCAAAGCAAUACGUAGAGCAGAUUUGGUUAUUUUGGUUGUGGAUGCUGUUGCUGAUAUCGUAGAGCAGGAUGAGAAGUUGGCUGAGCGUAUAGUACAAGAAGGACGUGGUUGCAUCAUUUUGAUGAACAAAUGGGAUUUGGUACAGAAAGAUGAAGAUACUUAUGAAAAGGCAAAACAUUAUGUUCAAACACGACUUGCAGCUAUUGAUUGGGCACCUUGUCUAUUCGUUUCUGCUACUACUGGUCAACGUUGUGAAAAAGUUUAUGAGUUGAUAGAGUCUGUAUAUGAGCAAUAUUCUCGUCGAGUUUCUACUUCAGUAUUGAAUCAAGUGUUGGAAGAGGCAAUUGUGUGGAAUCCUCCUUCUACAAAUAAGCAAGGGAAGCAAGGCAAAAUAUAUUAUUGUACUCAAGUUAGUAGUAAACCACCAACCAUUACAUUGUUUGUGAAUGAGCCGAAACUUUUCAAGGAAAACUACAAGAGAUAUAUCGAAAAUUAUUUUCGAAAAUCGCUUGGAUUCAAAGGAACUCCUUUGAGGUUUUUAUGGAGAGGGAAAAAGCGUCCUCCUCCUAUUUGAGUGUAUCUAUUGUAUACAUUCCUCAUAGAA